AUGCCCACCUGGGACAGCAGCCGGCUUGGCUGGGGGCUGCGGUCUGUAGCCCCCCUGGUGCUGACGGCUUCUCCUCUCCCUCUGCAGAGCCCCACGAAGGUGUCUUGCAAAGGGGUUGGCCUGCGCAAGUUUCCAAAGGAACUUGGCCAAGGAGUGAAGUACCUCGAGCUCUCCAACAACUUCAUCCAAAACCUGUCGGGCAGCCACAUGCCAGGGUUUGGGCAGCUUGAGUACCUGGACGUCUGCUUCAACCAGCUGGAAGCCGUGUCAGCCACCGCCCUGGCUCAGCUACCCCAGCUGCGCUCCCUCCUCCUGGGAUCGAACCGCCUGGACCGCAAUUACCUCGCUAACGGGCAAGCCUUUCGUCUGCUCAGCAAUAUAGAGGUCCUGGACCUGUCGGCAAAUAACCUGGAGAGCCACAUGGCAGGCUGGUACGUCGGCAACCUCCCCAGGCUGAGGAGGCUCGAUCUCUCUGGGAAUAAGAUGACCAGGCUGCCGGCAGGGAUCUUCCGGAGGACGCCACGGCUGCGUGAGCUCGACCUCGGCAACAACUACAUCAUGGAAAUCGAGGAGGGAGCUUUUGAGGCCCUGGAAGAGCUGGAGGUGGUGAACUUGGCUUUGAAUUCCCUCCACUGUAUCUCUGGCUUCAGCCUCACGCAGCUGCGAGUUUUAAAUCUCAGCCACAACGCCCUGGAGUUCUUGGUCUCGGAGGAGGGAGCGGAGCCCUACCUGCUUCAAGUGCUUGACUUGAGCCAUAACAGACUCCUCUAUUUUCCAGAGCUCCCCAAAGUCCAUUAUCUCACACACUUAAACCUCUCCAACAACCUUAUUGCUUCCCUGCUCCCAGGCUCACGCCAUCCGGGGGCGUUUGUACUGCGCUACAAGGAGAUGGCGAGGUUUAAUAGGACCUUGC